GUCCAGUGUACCGUUGUCCAUGAACCAAUCAUUUUAAAUGCUCUACAAAUGAUUCUAAUAUCUUAUAUAAAUAUUUUGAUUCAUGUCAGACCUUUAUUAGGGCCUUGUCUGGCCAUUCAGAUGACUAGGAUCUUUAAGGAUUAAAUGUCGAGAAUCGCGUCUAUCUUGUACUUGCUUUAAAGCCUUGAUUAGUUUGAGCUAUUGUAUCCAGUCAUAGCAUUGGUGCUUGGGCAACAUGAGUAGCAAAAAGAAUGGGACAUUUUACCACUACACUGACAAUAAUGGUGGAGAGAAGAUCAUGGCAUCAGGUAGCAUCAAUUCGUCAAUCAAAAGUCAAGGGGGAAGGGAUGCAGUGCUUGGAAAUGGCGUAUACCUCACCUCCAUCGCUCCCAAAAAAAGAACGGAACACAUAGCGGCCAACAACUGGAGCAAUGGCAAAUCUCGUGCCAUUAAAGACGGAAAACUGGAUAACGCCGUCAAAGUGAAAUUGACAGACACGGCUAUGAAGAAUUUGACUCGAGACACGGGUGGCCGUGAUGUUCACCUUUAUCGGAGCAACAACGGCCUUGAUUUGAAUGACAAAUCAGUUGUGCAGAAUUAUUCGGUUUUCGACAGAGUACCACAAAGAAUUAAACGUCAACAGAGGGAAAACAAAUGAAACCACAAAAUAGGGACUGGUUUUGAAGGGCAUUCACACUUGGAGUCAAUUGAUUUGGAGGUAAAGGCCUCAGAAAAUGGACAUUGAAACUUGAAAUAUAAUAGGCAUUCCA